AUGGUAUUAGCUCUUUCUAUGAAGAACAAGAUGGCUUUCAUUGAUGGUAGCUUGCCAAAACCAGGUGAAUCAGAUCCUUUGUUUAAUGCAUGGAGUAGGUGCAACAACAUGAUUAUUUCAUAUAUUUUGAUAUCUCUGGAUAAUACUUUGGCGAAGAGUGUGAUCUUCUUUUCUACUACAUCUGAGAUCUGGAAGGAUCUUGAGGAUAGAUAUUCUGUUGUUUCUGGGCCACAGAUUUAUUCACUGCAGCAAACUUUGAGUCAGUUAGAACAAGGUUCAGAUUCAAUUGCUGUAUUUUUUACCAAGAUUAAGGGAAUUUGGGAUCAAGUUAGUGCAACAAAUCCUAUUCCUACUUGUAAUUGCACUAGAUGCAUCUGCAACUUAACUCAGAAAUUUCUGAAGUUUCAACAAGAUGAGAGGUUGAUCUAG